UAGUCAAUUGCAUUGCACUGUGACAAUGAAAUCCUUUAUUGUGCUAAGUUUAUUCGUGGCCGUUGCAUGGGCUGGUGUCAUGCCUGGUAGGCUUCCAGUGUUGCCUCGCAUGCCCCUGGAUGAAUUGGAGAGUCGUAUCACCAAUGGUGAAUUGGCCAAGCCUGGUCAAUUUCCCUAUCAGGUCGGUUUGAGUUUGGUCUAUGGCAAAGAUGGUGGCUGGUGUGGUGGUACUUUGAUUUCCGAUCGCUGGAUCUUGACCGCUGCUCACUGUACCGAUGGUGCUGAUGGUGUUACCGUGUACUUGGGUGCCAUUGAUAUCAAGAACGACAACGAAAAGGGUCAACAACGCGUCUACGUUUCUAAGGAGAAUAUUGUGGUUCAUCCCAAAUGGGAUUUGGAGACUGUAUCCAAUGACAUAUCGAUGAUAAUGUUGCCCGUUGCUGUGGAAUUCAACGAUCGCAUCCAACCCGCUACCUUGCCCAAGAAGAACGAUCAUUAUUCCACCUAUGAAGGCGAAAAAGUCUGGGCUUCCGGAUGGGGCAAAGAUAGCGAUAACGCUCCUGGUGUUUCCCAAUUCUUACGUUACAUCCAAGUUCCCGUUACCGAUCAGGGAAUCUGCAACAUCUUUUUCUUUGGCAUCAUUACCGAUAAACAAAUCUGCAUCAGUGGCAAAAAUGGCAAGUCCCCCUGCAAUGGUGAUUCUGGUGGCCCAUUGGUAUACAAGGAGGGUGAUGUCAACUAUGUCAUUGGUGCUACUUCCUUUGUUACUGCCUUGGGUUGUGAAAAGGGCUGGCCCGGUGUAUUCACCCGUGUCACUGCCUACUUGGACUGGAUCGAAGAAGUCUCCGGUGUAGUGAACAAGUAAUUUUUUUUUUUAACUUUGUUGUAAUAAAGGCACGAGUUUGAAUGUUGAAGAAUA